UGUGUGUGUAUAUAUAUAUGUAUGUGUGUAUGUAAACCCUCUGCAGAGUGUCAGGACAACCACAAAGAUGGAAGCCCUUCAGAUUUUCAUGGUACUGCUCUCCGUGUGGAGCCUCUCCAAUAGCCAAGAAUGUCGCCCAUAUCUCGUGGAGAACAUAGAUUUCCCAGGAACUGACAUAACAUUCCUCUACUCUCCUGAUGUGAAACACUGUCAGUAUCUGUGCACCGAGCACCCCUCCUGCCUCUUCUUUACCUUCAUUCGACAAGACUGGACAACAGAUAACAGGAACUUUUACUGCUACCUUAAAUCCACUCCCACUGGAGAGCCUAAUGUCCAGACUCCACUACUUGGUGUCACCUCUGGCUUUUCUCUCAAAACCUGCAACUUAAACUCAAAACCAUGUCUGUCUCAGGUUUACCAGGACAUCGACUUCUACGGAUCAGAUUACAGAUUCCUGUUCACGUCCAGCUCUGAUGAGUGUCAGACAUUUUGCUCCAAUGACCCGAACUGUCACUUCUUCACUUUUAUAAACGAUGCCUUCACACCAGAGAAAUACAGGUUUAAAUGUCACCUUAAACAGAGCUGGUCAAUACCACGGACUCUUAUUGUAAAGAAAGAGGUUGGCCUAGUAUCUGGAUUCUCUGAACAGCUACAAAUGAGUCCAUAUUUGGAGCCAGCGUGCCAGAGGAAGCUUUUUGCAAACACUGAUAUCCCAGGAAACAGCUUGGAGACCCUGCCUGCUGCCGGUGCUGAGCACUGUCACGCCCUGUGCUCUGCUCAUUCAACUUGCACCUACUUCUCUUAUGACAGCAAUGACUUCAACUGCUACUUGAAGAAGAAUCCAAAUGAAAUGGUGAAGAAGGCCAAAGUGGGCGUCACAUCUGGGAUUCCAUCGCGUUUCUGUCAGCUGGAUAAUGACUGGCUGAAGGUGGAUUAUGACGGAGUGCAUUUCCAUGGCUCUGACAUUCGCCACGAGAAGAUGCAGAAUGCAGACAAAUGUCGGAAGACAUGCACUGCAGAUCGUCAAUGCCAGUUCUACACCUACUUUAAAGAUUCCCAUUCCAACAGUGAUUACAGGGGACUCUGCUUUAUGAAGAGUGUCAUCACCAUGUCAGCUCCUCCUAAAGUUUCCAAACUCAACAAUGUUGUGUCCGGAUUCCCCCUGAAGAGCAAAUGCUAACGUGUGGAAUAAAUGUGUACAGAGCAAGAGUGACAACCCUCGUGCUCCCAGCAUUAUUUCCUUUCCAUAAAUCUAAAAUCUAUAAAUAUCAUAAAUCAUUAA